UAUUCGCUUUUGCAGUUCAAGUAUCCAUCGGCUUCCACUCGUCAGUUCACUCUGCGACUGUUCCCUUGCACGAGACUUUUUAUUUAAACUUUUCAUCAUGUUCACCUGAUUGUCAAUUACACCAGUCGUGCUAUUUGGGGGCUAUUCAAUUAUUGUGCGUCUCUCAUUGCAUGACCGAGCGGUCGUCGACAUCCAACCGGAAGUUGCUGUGAUAUACUGAUAAAUAAAUUAUUUCUCCCAAGGAAAUUCACGUUCAUUUCUCCGGAAUUUGAAAAUGUACGGGAGAAAAAAUAUCGUGUCCCCGGGAUUCUACGAGAGGAUCGUGGAAAAAUCGAAGAAAAUUGAGCCCCUGAAAAUCGGUGUUGCUAAUUUUCAAAUGGAAGCCGAUCCUUUGACACCGGAGCUCGCGGAAAAAGCGAGAAAUGAACUGAGAGAAACUCCGGAGAUCGUGGAACAGGCACUUGCAGAGAUGAGGGAAUUGCUCAAAGGUGAACCUGAUCUCAACGUACCUGAUGACGAUCACUUUUUUUGCAAGUACUUGAGACCUGUAAAAUGGCAUGCCAAACCAGCUUUCGAACUUAUGAAGCGUUUUUAUCGGUACCAAGUCACUCAUCCUCGCAUCUGCAAUGAAUUGAUCCCGAAGAACGAUCGAGCUAUAUUUGAAUCUGGUGUAGUGACUCCAUUACCAGUGCGUGCAGAUGGCUGCCGAGUAAUUCUAAUUGAAAGUGGAAAACGGUGGAAACCGAAGGAAAUUGCACUCGAGCAAAUAUUCCGGGGUGUCAUGAUGUUCCUGGCAGCUGCCCUGAACGAGCCAAAGACUCAGGUCUGCGGGGUUCAGGUAAUUCUUGACAUGGAUGGUUUGUCCCUGAAUCACGUGACGUACUUCACCCCGAGUUUUGCAAGUGCUGUACUUGAAUGGGUCCAGAAAUGCUUGCCUGUUCGCCUCAAGGGCGUCCAUAUUAUAAAUCAGCCUUUUAUUUUCAACAUGGUCUUCGCCAUAUUUAAACCAUUUUUGCACGAAAAAUUACGGAAGCGAGUGCAUUUCCAUGGGACUAACAGGCCUGCCCUUUUAUCACAUAUAGAGGCAAAAGCACUGCCUCGUAGAUAUGGUGGAGAUUUAGAUAUACCAGCAGAUCCUAUCGGGGAACCUCUGUACAAAUAUCUGUGCCUCUGGGAGGAGGAGUUCACAGAGGAAAAUCGUCUGGGCUAUCCCAAGAAGAAAUAGAAUAAUUGGAGAUGUUGGAGAUCAUGGAUCACGUGGCUGGGCUGAAUUAUCAGUAAUGAAACAAUUGUUGAUCUUAAAAUUUCAAUUGAAGUCACAUUUUUAUUGAAAAAAAUUCCACCAGGUGUGAAUUCGGCCAAGGGCACUCAUUUAUUUCCACUGGAAUCUCCAUUUUUAUUAUUUCCAGUUCAACCUCAAUCGUAAAUUAUGUAUUCAUCCGAAUAAAACUGGAACAACCAGUUUUGCCUGGAGAUUUUCUCUCGCAGGUCAUUGAAUCCAUCGAUUCGUAAUUAUUCAGAUAUAAUCUCUCAUUGUUUUGUUUGAGAUUCUAUUACUAGAGAUAUAAAUAGGUGUUAAUGAUCGGAUGCAGGGAAUGAUUGUAUUAUUUUAAAUGAAGAAAAGGAAUUUUUAAUAAAAUUGUGUCUUUAUUA